AUGUCUUCUUCAGCAGCUAUAGAGGUGGAGCAGAAGGCCUUCAGGGCCGAAGUUGAAGCCGUGAAGCAAUGGUGGUCGUCGCCACGCUGGCGCUACACAAAAAGACCGUUCACGGCAGAGCAAAUUGUCUCCAAGAGGGGAAACCUACCCAUCUCCUACCCAAGCAAUAACCAAAGCAAGAAACUUUGGGAUAUUCUGGAGAAGAAAUUUGAGUCAAAAGAGCCUAGUUACACCUAUGGCUGUCUUGACCCCGUCAUGGUCACUCAGAUGGCCAAGUACCUAGAGACUGUGUAUGUCAGUGGAUGGCAAUGCUCCUCUACUGCUAGCAGCACGCACGAGCCCAGUCCUGACCUUGCGGACUACCCUAUGGAUACCGUUCCAAACAAAGUCGACCACCUCUUCAAGGCGCAGUUGUUCCACGACAGGAAGCAACGAGAAGCGCGCCUAUCUGUCCCGCCAUCGGGGCGUUCUAAGCAGCCGAGCGUCGAUUACCUUCGUCCUAUCAUCGCUGAUGCUGAUACUGGUCAUGGCGGACUCACAGCUAUCAUGAAACUCACAAGGUUGUUCAUUGAGAGGGGUGCCGCUGGAAUUCACAUUGAGGACCAAGCACCUGGGACUAAGAAGUGUGGCCAUAUGGCUGGUAAGGUGUUGGUACCAGUGGGCGAGCAUAUCAAUCGGUUGGUGACCAUCAGGGCGCAGGCCGAUAUCAUGGGUGUCGAUCUUCUUUCCGUUGCACGCACAGACUCCGAAGCUGCAACCCUUAUCACUUCAACCAUCGACCACCGGGACCACCCCUUCAUUCUCGGAUGCACAAACCCAACUAGGGAAGGAUUCUAUAGAUACAAAGGUGGCACCAAGUGCGCUAUUAUGAGAGCUGUGGCGUACGCUCCUUACACCGAUUGCUUAUGGAUGGAGAGCAAGAAGCCGGAUUUUGCGCAGGCCGUUGAAUUCGCCGAGGGUGUCCACACUGUUUGGCCUGAACAGAAACUUGCUUACAAUCUCUCGCCCAGCUUCAACUGGAAGGCCGCCAUGCCUCCCGACGAGCAAGAAACCUACAUCAAGCGGCUCGGCAAACUCGGAUACUGCUGGCAAUUCAUCACCCUCGCAGGUCUUCACACUACUGCUCUCGCAUCAGAUACCUUUGCAAAGAACUAUGCCAAGCAGGGAAUGAAAGCCUAUGGCAAUAUAGUGCAAGAGCCAGAGAUGGAGAAUGGCAUCGACGUUGUUCUUCACCAGAAGUGGAGUGGGGCAACCUAUAUUGACAGCAUGCUGAAGAUGGUCACCGGUGGUGUAUCGUCAACCGCGGCGAUGGGUAAAGAGGUUACGGAGACGCAGUUCACGGGAUACACGAAGCUUUGAUCAUUUCUAAGACCUUUUGCUUUCUCUUUCUUCCUCACUUUCGCUUCUUCUUUAAUCAUGGGAAGCUGCAAGUGUGGGUACCGGUAGAACUGAUUAGAAGACUUAUUUUUUUUGCUCCCCCUCUUCUUUUUUUUUAAAAAAAAAAAUCAAAUCUGGAGAGGAAGUGGUGACGGGUGAUGAUUGA